AUGCCCCGAGGCCUCGUGCAUGUGUCACUGAGGCCGCAUUAUUCCCAGAAGAUCCAAUGGCGCAACAUCAGCCAUGAGGCAGAGCUUGCUCCCGUCAAAAGGGUGCGCUUGGGCGAGGAAAGGCAGCCUCGGAUCAUCAAGUCGGCGGCGCGCGAUGCACCACCCAGAGCAACGCAACAGGAUGGAAAAGAUGAGAUAGAGCAGCACUGGGCGCGGAUGUCGCCGUCCUCCAGCAUCAGACGAGCCUUCUCCGGGAUUCAGCCUACGGGGGUCCCUCACCUCGGAAACUAUCUGGGGGCUUUGCGGCAGUGGAAACGGCUCCAUGAUCAAUCCACCGACCCAAAGUUCGCCAUCAAUUACCGUUAUGAGCAGUACUUCUCGGUGGUUGACCUGCACGCUCUGACUUCCGACACUCCACCGACCGAGCGCCUGCGUCUACGCAAGGAGUCUUAUGCAGCCUUGCUUGCUCUGGGCCUGCACAACAACAGGAACACUACGCUGUUCUUCCAGUCCGAUGUUCCGCAACACGCCUCGUUGAUGUGGAUUUUGAGUACCAUUGCUUCUACGGGGUAUCUGUCCAGAAUGACUCAGUGGAAGAGCAAGUUGAACUUGCCUGAAAAUGCCAGCCUCGAAAGCGAUGAGGCAACGGCGAAGCUCAAGCUCGGACUGUUUUCAUACCCGGUUCUUCAAGCGGCCGACAUAUUACUCUAUCAGCCGUCUAUUGUGCCCGUUGGGGAAGAUCAACUCCAACACAUUGAGUUUACGCGCACAUUGGCCAGGGGAUUCAAUGCCCUGGUCAGGGAAUCCUCCGGGGGAAAUGUGUUUCGAAUACCUUGGCCGGUAAUAUCCCCUGCCAAAAGGAUCAUGUCCCUGAAGCGUCCGGAGCAGAAGAUGUCCAAGUCUGACCCUGAUCCCAAAUCUCGAAUUCUGAUCACCGACAGCCCCGAGGAGAUCCACGCCAAGCUCCGGGGCGCCGUCACAGAUUCAGAGCCUGGUAUCUCCUUCAACCCAGAACGGCGGCCAGGGGUAUCCAACCUGGUUGAGAUACUACGACACGUGACCGAGUCUCGAGAAUCCAGCGAGUACAUUGCCAAGGACAACGAGAACGUCAGCAUGCGAGCGUUCAAGGAGAUGAUCGCGGACGAGAUCAUUCUUGCGCUGAGGGGCGUGCGCGACAACUUCCUCGCCCUCAUGGAUUCCUCCGGGAAUGGCAAUGGCAGGCUGCGCGACGAAAUCGAGUGGGGCGGCGCAAAGGCGCGACGGAAAGCCCGCAUGACCCUCGACGAAGUCCAGCAGGCGCUGGGACUGUUCGGGGUCACGCUCUCGGAAGAGGAAGCGACCAGGAUUCGGGAGAGGCGGAGACAAGCCGCGCGUAAGGACCUGGGCACCGACUUGAACAUCGAGUCUAAUCCGUUUGAUUCUGAAGGAGGAGAGGGCGUGGGGUUUGACGAGGAGCUGCCCGACAGAGGUGAUGACCCGGCCCUCGAUCAGGGAGAGACUCCGCCUCUACAGCCUGUCAAACAAGGCAAGUCGUGA